UUCCGCAACUUGAGCCGCAGAAAAACAUCCUUCCUCCCCUGCUUCUCCUACCGGCUACACUACUACCUCAUCAACCCUGCAACCAUGAUCGACCAGGCCCUCAAGGUCGUCGGCCUCGUCUCGGCCCUGUACUCUGCCUACCGCCUCUACGACGCCCUCGCCGUCUGGAUCCUCCCAUCGGUGCCGCUGACCCGCUACCAGAAAAAGGGCCGCCCCUACGAGUCCUGGGCCCUCGUCACCGGCGCUACCGGCGGCAUCGGCCUGGCCUGCGCGCAGGAGCUCGCCUUGCGCGGCUUCAACAUCGUCCUUGUCGGCCGCAACGUGGACAGGCUCGAGGACGCGCGCGCCCUCAUCGAGUCCGAGUGUAUGCGCCGCCACAAGAGCGACGUCGCCGUGCGCUUCGUCGUGCUCGACGCCGCCUCGAGCUCGCCGGCCCAGGUCCAGGCCGCUGUCGACGACAUCUCCGACCUCGACGUCACCGUGCUCAUCAACAAUGUCGGCGGCGCGCCGGCGUCGAGCCCACCCAUCGGUCCGCUGCGGAACCUGGCCGCCGGCGAUGUGGACGCGCUCCUCGACCUCAACGCGCGCUUCAUGGCGCGCUUGACGCACCUCAUGUUGCCGAUCCUCGCGCGCAACGGGCCGUCGCUCGUGCUCAAUGUCGGCUCGUUAGCGACGGAGGGCUUGCCGGGCCUCGUCAUGUACUCGGCCGCCAAGGGCUUCGUGAAGUCCUUCACCCGCGCGCUUGCGAGGGAGAUGAAGGCCGAGAAAUCGCCCGUGGAUGUGCUGUACCUGGGCACCGGGGAAGUCAGGACGAAUAUCAACGAUGUCGCGGUGCGGUCCAGCACGCCCGAGGCGAGGCCGUUCGCCAAGGCCGUGAUGGACAGGGUCGGAAGGGCGGCGCAGAGGGGCAUGCUGGAGGUGACGCCCUGGUUCAGGCACGCGGUGCAGGUGGCGGUCGCCGGAUACAUCCCUGAGCGGCUCUGGUUCAAGAAGGUUAGGGAGACGCUGGAGGAGAAGCGGGUGGCGUAUGAAGAGAAGGCCCGGAAGGAUGAGUGAGUGAGGGCCCUGCUCCCAAGCCGUGACGUUGCUUGUGCGAGGCUUUGUUCUGACGAGGAGUUGUGCAGCUACACCGAUGAUGCUGCAAGAACGGGAGCAUGACGGACUAUCUUACGCUCAGGGGCCUGGCAGUCAACCGAGUGUUGACCGUCUAUGAAACCAUUACGUACCUUGUGCCUGAACAGUAAGACGGGUGGAGUACCACCUAUGCGCUUAACUGAUUACCGGCGUUAACUAUCCUAUAAUUCUCCAUAUCUGCCGCUGCUAAAGGAGCAGUGGAUAAGUGACGGGACUCGAUUACGGUCAGCAGAAGGUAGCUUGUCAAAAUUGUCAGUCAAUCCUCUUUGUGAGGCCAAACAUGCAUCAUGGAAUGAUUUUACUGCUCACAGCGGAGUAAGAUAUUGGCAGACACAGGGUUUGUGAUUGCGGCACUCGAACUCUUACCCAAGAACAAGAUGCCCUUCAUGUGUUCCCCCAGCAUAAGUCUCUUUAAACUUUCUC